AAUCUCUAAGCUGGCCUUAACUGCGUCUCUAGACGCAAAUUACACCUCGCUGCUACUGUCCCUUACCUCUCCGCCCUCCCUUACGGAUCCUCUGACCUCGCUAAUCCCCUCACGCCCGCUGACGCUAUAGCGCGCACCAAACUUGUUAAGCUUAUUGAGGGCAGCUUACCCACCGAGCGAUCUACAUCCACUAAGAACAUUGCACCCUCAAGGGCAAAAGCGAUCGCGCGACCACAACAACUCACCCACAAAUGCUGCGUCACAACCCUUCAAGAAAAAAGCUCCGCGACAACCCGUGCGAUACCCACCUCGAUACUCUCUACGGCGCCAUCGACUUCUGGCGCAGCGAAGGAAGUUGGCCGAAGGAAUACCUUGCGUCAGACCCCAUAGCUCAUCUGCUAGCAACAUCCAGGUCGACGCCCUCGUUGCGGCGCAAACGAUCCGCUCAAGCCUCGCAGACAGCUACCUCGGCUAGACCCAGCGACCAGAGACCCCGACACGAGAAGAGCGCUCUCUACCAGGAUGCCCGCUACAACACCCUGCUAGAAACCAAGAAGAGCUUCAUACACGAGGACAAGCAAGGACCUUCAGAUAUAAGCAGGGACGCAUGUCAAGUUCUCCUCGCUCAACAGCAAGACCGCAUCGACGGCAAGAACGAAGCCAAAGUCAUACAGGAUAUCACCCGCCUCAUCGUCCCGUCGGCAGAAGAACUGGCCGAUUCUGGGGCUGAGGUGCUUGGAUGUCUUGUCGAGGCUGUCAAUGAGGGCUGGAAUAACGCCGUUCCUGUGACCAAAACGCGCCCACAGCCCGAUAACUCCGUCGGUUUCAAACGCAAUGCUUUCUCCGAUACCCAGCACGAAAAGCUUUCCCCCUUCAUUGGUGACUUCAUCGCCGGCGCGCAGUCCUACUUCAUGGCAACAUACUACAUGUACUUUCCCUUUCUGACGUGCGAGGUCAAGUGCGGCGCUGCAGCCCUCGACAUCGCCGACCGUCAGAACGCCCACAGCAUGACACUUGCCGUGCGGGGUGUAGUUGAGCUGUUCUGGCUUGCCCGCCGCGAAGACGAGAUAAAUCGCGAGAUUCUUGCCUUCUCUAUCUCCCAUGACCACCGCACUGUGCGCAUCUACGGUUACUACGCUGUUCUCGACGGUCUCAACACAUCCUUCUACCGCUACCCUAUUCGAGAAUUUAGCUUCCAGGAACUCGACGGCAGGGAACGAUGGACUGCGUAUAAGUUCAUCAAGGGAGUCUUUAAGUACUGGAUGCCUAUGCAUUUCGCGAGACUUUGCUCGGCAAUCGAUCAUGUGCCGAGUGGUGUGGAUUUCGAUGUUCCGCCACUGCAGCAAAACGAGGCGUCUGUUGCGGGUGAGAGCAUAGAGAUCGGUACCGAGGAUAGGCGGUAUUUGGAUGAGUCAACGCUGAAUGCCGACUCCACCGUCUCCCAACAAAGUGCGUCGAAGAGGCAGAAAGGGAAGUAG